AUGUUUUCAAAGAGUUUUAAAAAACCUGGAAAUAUUUUAACUUUAAUUUUGGUUAUUAACAUCGUUCAAUGUUCAGUUAGUGAGAAAGUUCCUGAUAAAAAUGAAACGACAACAUUGAGCACAACAUUAUCAACUGGAAUUGCCGAUGCCUUGGCAAACAUAUCAACGAAUGUAAAAGAAAAUGUGAAGAAUCAAGCUGAAAGUGAUUCAAAUGUCUUAAGUAGUGCUUUUGUUGGAGAUUUAGUUACAACAUCAAAACCGAAACCAACUGAAGCAUUCAUGAGAAACACAUCAGCUUUAGCACAUUUCGAUGGGGAAAUAACAGAAAGUUUUAUGAAGAAAAUCAAUCCACAUUGGUUGAAAUUUCCAGCACCGUCUCAAGGCGUGUUUUAUUUUCUUGCUUUCAUUUAUUUUAUUAUGACGCUUGUUGGACUCUCUGGAAAUGUUCUGGUCAUUUACAUCUAUUACAAUUAUUCAAAUCAAAUUUGUUUGAUCAUCUGUAGAUGUUCAUCUGUCAGAACACCAGCAAAUAACUUUAUUCUCAAUUUGGCUAUCAGUGAUUUUAUAAUAUUAUUGGAAGCUCCAAUAUUCAUUUAUAAUGCUUUGCAUUUCGGACCAGCCACGGGAGAACUUGCAAUAAUGACACUUUGCGUGAUAAGUCUUGAUCGAUAUAACGUCAUUGUCUAUCCAUUGAAUCCCUCAAGAUCAACAACUAACAUGAGGUCACGCAUUAUGAUUCUUUUCGUUUGGAUUUAUUCGCUUCCUUUUGCAUUUAUACCUUUCUUUGAGUUGUUUGGUGUAAGUGGAUACAUUCCAGAAGGAUAUUUAACAUGCUGCAGCUUUGAUUAUCUCAGCACAACAUCUGCGAACUAUUGGUUUAUCUUCUUUUAUGCAAUUAUUGCAUUCUUUGUGCCAUUAACCGUCAUUGCCUAUUGUUACUUCCACAUUCUGAAUGUUGUCUUAUCAGCAAAGAAAAUUCAAUCAAGUAAGGAGAAGAAUAAACAGGAAGUGAAGUUAGCUGUGAUAGUUAUGGGCAUUGUGGGAUUGUGGUGCUUUGCUUGGACUCCUUAUUGUGUGGUGUCUUUAGUAGGAAUAUUUGGGUACGGUGAUUCAAUAUCUCCUAUCGCAAGCAUGAUACCUGCAAUUAUGGCGAAGAUUGCAUGUUGUGGAGAUCCAUAUCUCUAUGCCGUAACUCAUCCACGUUUCCGUGCGGAAAUUGAGAAAAUGUUUUGUUCAUCUGAUGGAAAUUUUGCGUCUUCUUAUCGUGCAUCAAGAAAAAAAGAUAAAGUUGAAAGUGAAUGUGAAACUGUUCAGUUUGAAGAAGAUACGAAGAAAAAGCGACCACUGCAACGUGCAGAAAGUUCAGUUUGUGAAGAAUCAACAAUUGAUUAA